GAGAAGCGGACGACAGCGCCAACCAUUAACGGCACCGGUCCCGCCGCUCCUCAGAAAGCCCCGCCCGCUCCGGCGAAACAGGAGGAGGAAGAUGAGGAUGAGGACGACAUUGAUCUGUUCGGCAGCGAUGAAGAGGUGGACGAGGAGGCCGAGAGACUGAAAGAGCAGCGGCUGCAGGAGUACGCUGCCAAAAAGGCCAAAAAACCCGCCCUCAUCGCUAAAUCAUCCAUCCUGUUAGACGUCAAACCGGUAAGUGUCUGCAGCAGGGAAUUCACAUGUCGUGUGUUUU